AGGAGGAGGAAAACGUGGUUCCUCUUCUUCCUUCAGUAUUUCUGUCAAAUUCAAUUCGUUGGUGAAUGGGAACGUUCCGUACCUUAAGAAAGGCCUACGGUGCUCUCAAAGACUCUACCAAGGUUGGCCUAGCCAAGGUCCAUAGCGAAUACAAGGAUUUGGAUGUUGCUAUUGUGAAGGCUACCAGUCAUGUAGAAUAUCCUCCAAAGGAACGUCAUGUCAGAAAGAUUUUCUCUGCAACUUCGGCACACCAACCACGGGCAGAUGUGGCUUACUGCAUACACACACUUGCUAGGAGGCUUGCAAAGACACGGAAUUGGAUAGUUGCUGUAAAGACAUUGAUAGUCAUUCAUAGAAUAUUAAGAGAGGGUGAUCCUACUUUCAAAGAAGACCUCAUAAACUAUGCGCGUAGGGGACGUUUUCUUCAAAUAUCCAAUUUCAAAGAUGACUCAAGUCCUCAAGCUUGGGAUUGUUCUGCAUGGGUUCGAACCUAUGCACUAUUUUUAGAAGAAAGGCUUGAAUGUUUUAGAAUCCUUAAAUAUGACAUCGAGGCUGAGCGUUUAUCAAAACCAUCACCCGUUAUAACUAAGGGACAUAGCAGAACACGGUCGUUGACUAAAGAAGGGCUAUUGGAGCAGCUGCCUGCACUGCAGCAACUUCUAUACCGCCUAGUUGGUUGUCAGCCUGAAGGUUUGGCUGUCAGCAGUUACCUAAUACAAUAUGCACUGGCCUUGGUAUUGAAAGAGAGCUUCAAAAUAUAUUGUGCCCUGAAUGAUGGAAUCAUAAAUCUUGUGGAUGUGUUCUUUGAUAUGCCAAAGUAUGAUGCAAUCAAGGCGUUACACGUUUAUAAAAGGGCUAGCCAACAGGCUGAUCAUCUUGCCGAGUUCUAUGAAUACUGCAAGAGAUUGGACCUUGCUAGGAAUUUUCAAUUUCCAAUCUUGAGACAGCCACCUGCUUCUUUUCUUGCCACGAUGGAAGAAUACGUUAAAGAAGCACCCUUGAAUGCAUCUAAUAGACUGGAGUAUCACGAAAAUGGUCAAUCACCUAAAAAGGAAGCAGAACCUAAAGAAUCUGAAGAGACUCAAGCAACCGAAAAACCCGAUGAAGAAAACAAAGAGGAGGAACAGGUGCAUGAGGACGAACCAGAGCCUAAGGAGGAGGAAGUGGAACUUCCUCCUUUGAUAUCAACUGAUUCUACUGAUGAUUUGCUGGGUCUAAACGAAAUAAAUCCAAAAGCCCGGGAACUAGAAGAAAGCAAUGCUUUGGCGCUAGCAAUUGUACCAGCCGGAGGAAAUAACUCAAGCAGUCUUGAUUUGGCUUACACAAAUGGAACUUCUGGUUGGGAACUUGCACUGGUUACAACACCAAGUAACCAUACAAGCCAAGCGCCAGAUCGAAAAAUGGCUGGUGGGUUUGACAAGCUAUUACUAGACAGUUUGUAUGAAGAUGAAAAGGCUAGGAGACAACUUCAACUCCGAAAUGCAGGCUAUGGAUAUGGGGAAAUGGAUACACGUAACCCAUUCAAUCAUCAUAAUCAGCAAGAUCCAUUUGCGGUGUCCAACAACAUAGCACCUCCAACCAAUGUGCAAAUGGCAUUCAUGGCUCAGCGACAGCAACAACAACUGAUGUUCCAGCAACAUCAACAACAUAAUAGGAUGAUGGGCCAUUACCAGUAUCCACAGACUCAAUACCAUCAACAAAUGCCAGUCAUGGGUUCUUCUAAUCCAUUUGAGGACCCCUUACCCGUGCCCACCCAUGCUUAUAAUUCCAUGAAUCAUCAAGGGAACUACAAUUUAAUAUAGAGUUCAGCUUCUCUUCUACUUAAUCCUCUUUUUUCUCUCCUCAAUCCUUUGACCAAAAAGGAUUUAUUCUUUGUUAAGCAGAAUAACACUAACUUUCUUGAUCAAAAUUUCAUUCAUCAAUGGUCCAUUUUCCGUAGGCCAUUCUAGGGGUACACCCUUUCAAGUUGAAACAAAUGGUGCAUUUUAAAAUUAAAGUUGCCAGAGCGGUAGUCCAAAGUUUGGAGCUGGGUAAUCUAGGCAGAAAACACGCCUCAUUGAUUAUUAUUCAA